CAUCAUCAUCAUCACCACAGACUGAUGAAGAGCUGCUAAACCUUCACUCAAGGCUCUCUCUCUCUCUCUCUCUCUUGGUCAGCAUCUCUCCAUCCCUCCGCUCAUCAUGCCUCCUCAGCUGCAGUCUCAGGACCGGUCAUGCCCGCGGGUCCUGCAGGGCGAUCUGGCGUCUCUGAGCGCCAGCGUGCGGGAGUUCAUCGACAGCAGUGUGAGUCUGUGCCAGCCGGACGCUCUGCACAUCUGUGACGGCUCCGAGCAGGAGAACAGCACCAUCCUCAGCCUGCUGGAGGAGCAGGGCGCCAUCAAGAGGCUGCGCAAGUACAGCAACUGCUGGUUGGCGCGCACUGACCCACGUGAUGUGGCCCGUGUGGAGAGUAAAACGGUGAUCGUGACGGCGGAGCAGCGGGACACGGUUCCCACACCGACUGGAGGAGGAGUCAGUCAGCUGGGCCGCUGGAUGUGUCCUGAGGAGUGGGACAAAGCCAUGAACCUGCGCUUCCCUGGCUGCAUGAAAGGGCGUGUGAUGUACGUGAUCCCCUUCAGCAUGGGGCCGGUGGGCUCUCCGCUCUCCAAGAUCGGGGUGGAGCUGACGGACUCGCCGUAUGUGGUGGCCAGCAUGCGGAUCAUGACGCGGAUGGGGAAAACUGUGCUGAGCGCGCUGGGAAACGGAGAGUUCGUCCGGUGUCUGCACUCAGUCGGCUGCCCGCUGCCACUCAGGAAGCCGCUGGUCAACAACUGGCCCUGUAACCCGGAGCUGACGCUGGUGGCCCACAUCCCGGAUCAGAGGAAGAUCGUGUCGUUCGGCAGCGGAUACGGAGGAAACUCACUGCUGGGGAAGAAGUGCUUCGCUCUGCGCAUCGCAUCACGCAUCGCUAAAGAGGAGGGCUGGCUGGCAGAACACAUGCUGAUUCUGGGCAUCACCAACCCGGCGGGACAGAAGAAGUAUUUCGCAGCGGCGUUCCCCAGCGCCUGCGGGAAGACCAACCUGGCCAUGCUGAAGCCGUCGCUGCCCGGCUGGAAGGUGGAGUGUGUGGGAGACGACAUCGCAUGGAUGAAGUUCGACAAAGAAGGGAAUCUGAGAGCCAUCAACCCAGAGAACGGCUUCUUCGGUGUGGCUCCGGGAACCUCCAGCAAAACCAACCCCAACGCCAUGAGCACCAUCAGCUGCAACACACUCUUCACCAACGUGGCGGAGAGCAGUGACGGAGGGGUGUUCUGGGAGGGCAUGGAUGAGGAUCUGCCUGAAGGAGUGACGCUGACGUCCUGGAAGAACCAGCCCUGGACACCAGAGGACGGUGAACCGUGUGCUCACCCGAACUCCCGCUUCUGUACGCCGGCCGCUCAGUGUCCCAUCAUCGACCCGCAGUGGGAGUCUCCUGAAGGCGUCCCCAUCGAGGCCAUCAUCUUCGGCGGGCGGCGUCCGCAGGGCGUCCCGCUGGUGUACGAGGCCUUCGACUGGGCGCACGGAGUGUUUGUAGGGGCGUCCAUGAGGUCAGAGGCCACGGCGGCUGCUGAACACAAAGGUAAAGUGAUCAUGCAUGACCCGUUCGCCAUGCGUCCGUUCUUCGGCUAUAACUUCGGUCAGUAUCUCUCCCACUGGCUGAGCAUGGAGCAGCGGCCCGGCGCUAAGCUGCCCAAAAUCUUCCACGUCAACUGGUUCGGCAGGAGCUCCUCGGGGCGCUUCCUGUGGCCGGGCUUUGGGGAGAACAUCCGCGUACUGGAGUGGAUGUUCGGCAGGCUGAGCGGAGGGGCCGAGGCGAGGACCACUGCGGUGGGGCUGGUGCCUGCAGACGGUGCCCUGAACCUGCACGGGCUCCCGGAUGUGGAGCCGCUGGAGCUCUUCAGGGUCUCGCAGGAGUUCUGGAUGCAGGAGCUGCAGGAGAUCAGAGAGUAUUUCAGCCGUGAACUGAACCGAGACCUGCCGCAGGAGAUGCAGAGACAGCUGGAGCUGCUGGAGCACAGGCUCACACACACACACGUGAGCAGUAAACACGGCUGAAGACACGCAACACACACAUGUUAAUCUGCAUUAUGCACACUUAAAGGGACGGUGCACUCGAAUAUUAAAAAUAUGUCAUCGUUUGCUCUCAAGUGCAUCAAAACCGUUCUUUAGUUUCCUUCUGUUGAACACAGAAGAAGAUAUUUUGAAAAAUGCUGAAGAUUGUUCACUUCCACAGUAUUUAAUUUCUUUCCCUCUUUUUGUUUACUUUUUAUUUAGUGUUUUUUCUUUUGUGUGUGUGUGUGUGUGUUUACUGAGAAAACUCAUUUAAAGAGACAGAACACACACAAUAAUCAGCAUUUAUGCACAGUUAAAGGGACGGUGCUCUCUAAAAUGAAAAAUAUGUCACCAUUUGUUUUAACCCUGAACACAAAAGAAGAUAUUCAGAGAAAUGCUGAAGAUCGUUGGCGUCUUCAGGAAGGACUGUUUGUUAUUUAACCUUAUAAAUUAUUGAUGCGCACAUUUAUUUUCUGCUGGAGAUGUUAUGGCGGAUACCUUUAAGCAACCUUCUCAUUUUUAAAUGUGGUAAUUUAUUUUUCUAUGUAUUUCUAUGUCAGUCUUCCAUGAUAUUAAUAAAGUUUUUAAAUAUA